AUGGAGCACGCCGGUUGCGAUGUCAUAUACGUUGACCGGUCGGUGUCGAGGGACCGGUGCGUGAGGCGCAGCGAAAAGGAUGCUGCGCAGCAGGAGGGUGCGCAUGUUGCUGAAAAUCUGAAGCUCCUCUUGGACAUCUUUCAUACAGUACAUCUGUGCAGCACCGGUGUCGCGUGCUUGACGCGAUUGCGAGAACUCCAAGAAACCUCAGUGGUGGCCCUGAAACCGACUCUGAUCCUCCUAGAUACCCCGUACCAGGACCAGUUCGCGCAGAGAUCGCGCUCGACGUCGCCGUCAUCUCGGGCUGCGGACGACAGCGGAAACCAAGAUGAGGAUUUGUACGGACUGGCGCUACUGCGCAGGAUAGUCUCGGAGGCGUAUAUCGGAAAUUCCUCGAAACUCGUCGUAACGGUUCCCGUGGUCGCGCUUCCGACUGGUGACCCGAGCUGCGAAACUCGUAGGGCGGCCAACAGGAGGAUGCUGAAAGAGUGUCUGGACUUCGGCGCCACAGAUGUCAUGGAGAGCCCUAUGAACGCAAAGUGCAUCAACAACCUGGAGGUCCACGUCUACCGCGCCCAUCUGGACGCCGCUCGAGAUCAGCAAGCAUUGCUCGCCCUCCGUCGAGGCCGGAAACGCUCAUGGGUCGGCGUGAACGACGAGAUGCCGUUCUCUUAUCUGCGCGAAGCCAUGGUGUCGAAGCUGCUCGAUCGCAUUUGCCGCACAGAGAGCGAGAUUGAGGACGUGCCUGCGAGUAUCAGUCUGCCAGUAUCUACUGCGAAGCAGGCCGAAAUCUCGUCCGCCGUGGGUCGGUGGCAUUUCUCAGCGCACGAGUUGACCGACGACGAACUUGUGGUGGCGGCCAUGGUCAUGUUCAAGCAUGCAUUGUCCAUGCCUGAGUUGGCGCCGUGGCGGAUAUCAACAGACCAGCUACACCGCUUCCUGCUCGCCUGCCGGGAGGCCUAUAUCAAAUUCGUUCCAUAUCACAACUUCCGCCACGUGGUUGAUGUCCUGCAGGCGACCUUCCACUUCCUAGUGUCGAUUGGUUCAUUACCUCAUUACCCCGCUGCCGAUGGUUUGCCGUCCGAGGCCGACCCCAAGUCGCCAAUUGCGAAGCUGCUCCGGCCGUUUGAGGCCUUGACGCUCCUCAUAACGGCAAUUGGCCACGACGUCGGACAUCCCGGAGUCAACAACGGCUUUCUGAUUACGCUAAACACACCACUCGCACAGCUCUACAAUGAUCGCUCGGUUCUCGAGUCGUUCCACUGCGCUGCGUACUCGCAAAUUCUCCGGAGAUACUGGCCCUCCGCUUUCAGCGAUGGCAGGAUGCGUAAUCUCCUGAUCAGCUCGAUUCUCGCUACUGAUAUGAGCCUGCACUUUGACUACAUGAAGAAGCUGGAGGAUCUUCAGGAUAAACUCCGUGCCGACGAUCGUACCGAGGGGUGGGAUGAGAAGCUCAAAUACGAGCAGACGGCGACCGCAUGUGCUCUUCUCAUGAAGUGCGCCGACAUCAGCAACGUAGCACGGCAGCUCGACGUCGCGGAGAAAUGGAUGUAUAUCCUAUCCGACGAAUUUCUUCGGCAAGGCACGAUGGAGCGUGCGCUGGCUAUCCCGACGUCUCUGAUGUCGGAACCGAAACGGGAUCGCCUCUCACUUGUUACAUCCCAGUUGAAGUUCAUGGACUUGUUCGCCGUGCCCCUAUUCCGGGGGGUGGCUGAUAUCCUACCGGGUAUGCAAUACUGCGUGGACCAGCUCCUCCAGAAUAGGGGUUCGUUCAAGAGAAUACAAGAACAAGAACGGCAGUCGCCAAGCGAGCCAAUACUCCACGCCGGUGACGGCGAGCCGUGUCCCGAAGCGCUAUCCUUCACGACUUUCCCAGAGCCGCCGACGGAAGUGCAUCCGCUGAAAGCUACACGAGGGCCUGUACCUCGAGUCGUUGAACCCCACGUCGCGGUGGGCCCAACGGCUGUUCAGGAAUCGGAGCCAUUCCAAAGACCACAUCAAUGCUCCAGGCGGCCGCCUAGUGGGCGGAGAGUGAGCGGAAUUGUGACCAGCUUUACAUCUACAAGCGAUUUCGGCCACAGCGAACCAUCCAGCAGCGACAACGGCCAUCCUCAUGAUCAAACCGGGCACAGAUGCAGCGAGAUGACGGAUGGCAGUUCCGCGCCAAAUAGUGGAGACUGGGGCGCCUCGCAGGCAACAAGUGCCACCACCGGUAAGAUGCCGUUGUCUCCUAGCACACAGGGGACCAGCAUCGUGAGCUACGAUUCGUUUGAACAUCCCAACAGCGUCCCCGUGACGAGCACACCUCCUGGAGAUGAAUCAACGACGACGGUCCCGGACUCGGCUUCUAAGAGCCAGGCCGAUUUUAAGACUGUUGACGACUGUUCUCCUCUGGCGCUGCAUGAGGAACACAACGACUCCCCCGGCAAUGGCCACGCUACAAAUGGAGCUGGGAAGACAAACGGCCUGGAGCCGGAUCCAGAAAAUAGACAGCUGAAGAAGAAGCCGAGCCGGUUCAGGAUCAAUAUGCAGAACCUGUUUAGAAAACAUAAGACCGCGAGCCCCGCUGAUACUGCAGGGUAG